AACGCGGAAGUAGCGGUUGGCUUGGGUGCGUCCCCUGCGGGUGAGCCCAGUGGGGCGCGGGGCAGCCUCCUUCGGGCAGAGCCCCGAAUCCCCCUUCUCCUGCCCGGCAGGGGGCGCCACACGGCCGCCUCUGGGCAGGGCGGCGAGGCCGAGGCGCAGCGGCCCAGGCCCGGGGGGGCCGAGAUGGCGGCGCGCCGGGCUGAGGGGCAGCGAGCGGGCGCCCCCUGGCGGCGCCGGGCGGGGUGGUUGUUCGGCAGCGCUGCGCUGCUCCGCCUCGCUCUGCUCUGCUACGGAGCCUACCAGGACCGGACCAUGCUGGUGAAAUACACGGACGUGGACUACCACGUGUUCACGGAUGCCGCCAGGUUCGUGAGCCAGGGGCGCUCCCCGUACCUGCGAGCCACCUACCGCUACACCCCUCUGCUGGGCUGGAUCCUGGCCCCCAACAUCUACCUCACGCCGCUGUUUGGAAAGCUGCUUUUCAUUGCUGGGGAUCUAACAGCCGCCGGCCUCAUGCUCCACAUCCUGCUCCUCAGAGGCAUGGACGCCAGCAAAGCCUGUGGGUACUGUGCCUUCUGGCUGCUCAAUCCUCUGCCGAUGGCUGUGUCCAGCAGAGGAAACGCAGAGUCUCUUGUGGCAGUGCUUGUGCUGGCCACCAUGUAUUACAUAGAAAAAGGGAACAUAGUGAAAUCUGCGAUACUCUAUGGCUUUUCAGUGCACAUGAAAAUUUACCCAGUGACUUACGCUCUGCCCAUAGCCCUUCAUCUGCAGAAUGAUGGCUGCUGUGAAAAAGGAGCAACGGAUGCUUUCCAUUUUAAAAAAUCAAAAUGUUCUCUUAUGGGUCACUUCUGGCAAUUUUUUUCAAGGCCGCUAAACAGCAAUGUGUUGCUUUUCGGGGCAGUUGGUGGAUUUACAUUUGUAGCCUUGAGUCUUUCAUUUUAUUACUUCUAUGGUUGGGAAUUCUUGGAACAUACUUAUCUCUAUCAUUUAACCAGGAGGGAUAUCCGUCAUAAUUUCUCUCCCUAUUUCUACAUGUUGUAUUUGACUGCAGAGAGUGAAUGGAGUUUUGCCCUGGGACUGGCAGCUUUUCUGCCACAGCUGCUCCUGCUUCUAGUUGUAUCCUUAGCUUAUUACAAAGACCUUGUCUUUUGUUGUUUCCUACACACUGCUGUUUUUGUAAGUUUUAACAAAGUUUGCACAUCCCAAUAUUUUCUUUGGUACCUCUGCCUCUUGCCCCUUGUAAUGCCUAAUGUGAAAAUGUCCUGGCAGCGGGGUGUCCUGCUUCUCCUUCUUUGGUUUCUUGGACAGGCAUUGUGGCUGGUACCCGCAUAUUUUCUGGAGUUUAAAGGAAAUAAUACCUUUCUACUUAUAUGGCUAGCAGGCUUGCUUUUCCUUUUCAUUAAUUGCUUUGUCCUUGUUCAGAUUAUUUCUCACUAUCAAAAAGGAGAAAAAGUAUCCAAGAAAGUCAAACAUCAGUAAUGUGCCUAUCAGUAUGUGUGGGUCAAAUCCUACAAGUAAUCCCAUUGAUAAUAAUGAGAUUGCUCAAGUGAGCAGGACUUGGUCGAAUAUCAGUAAUGUAAUUGUAUGUACGCUGCACUAAAACACAGUUUCUACAAAUAGCCAUUUUCAGUUUCAAGUGGUUUUUGUUUGUUUUUUGGAGGAGGGGUGGCUUUGGUUUUUGUGCUUUGGGGGUUGGUUUUUUUGUUGUUUUUUUUUUAAUAAGAUGGUGACCAUGAAGUGUUUGGGGACUUCUGUCAAGAAUGUCUCCACCACUGCUGGACAGGGCCUCUCCUAACCUUGAUUUAGAAAGCUAAAAGUAACAGUGUAGACACAGCCUACUGCCUGUCCUGUAAAGCUAGCAGUUUGAAUACAAGUCUGUCCGAUUUCCCUGGGUCAGAGCUCUGAAGGCUUACUCCCUGCUGCUACCUCUAGCUAUUUUUACUAUGCCUGGUUCAGUCCAACUCCCCAGGCUGGAAACAUGUUUCCAACUGGAGCAUAGGCAAACCCUUUUUGGCCUCAGUUUUAAGUAAACUCAGUUUUGGGUAGACAUUGUUAGAUUGCAGAAGAAGGGGUAUUAUAGACCUUUAGGGAUGUAAAAUCCCAGUUAAUCAGUUAAACACAAGGUUUAACCGGUUAACUGAUUGAGCUCAGACUGCUCCCAUCUGGCCCCUCUUGGCUGCAGAAGCCGGCAGCCCCAUGUUCAGGGGACGUGGAGCUGAGAAGUGUUGUUUGUUAGGUUGAUGGGCAAAACAAAUAUAACUAAAAGUGAUCAGUAAUCAAAUGUUUAUGCGCAAUAUUUUGUCUGCUGUAUUUUAUGGGUACGCAAUCUUGUUUCACACUUUUAACAGAACAAGAAAAAAAUUAAGAUUUGUCCAGGUUAUUGACUGCAGCUCACUAAUUCUUUAAAAGUUCAUAACUUCUUUCAUGGUUGAAAUAAUUCCUCUCUUUCCCCACCCCCAGAAGUUUUAACCACAUUUCUGCUUUAAGUCUGGAUGCUUAAGUGUGUAUCGGAGGUAAAACAGGUGCAUCUCAGCCCUUGUCUACCUCUAGCAUUUCUAUAUUGAUUUACAGCACUGAAUUAUUAACUAAUAAUGAAGCUGUACUGAAACACUACUGUAGACACACUGCAGCACUUUUUUCUCUAUCAUCUAGACUGGCUUUGAGCAAGGGUAGAUAACACUGAUAAAUAUUUCAACAGGUGUUGACUAGCAUCCACACCGGUGGUACAUUUUAGACAAAUGGUAACGAACACAGCAUCUCAGAAAAAGUAAUCUCUUAAAACAAAGAGAAUUUUUUUUUCCUGUUAAACAUACAGUAGUAUCUUUUAUAAGAAUAGGUGUCUACAGUCCUGUCCUGACCAAUUUUAAUUUAUCAUUAUUAUCUACUCCUGUUUGAAACUUCAGUGGGUAACGUUAUUUUUCUGUUAUUGUCAUAAAUGGUGCAUAUGAUAAAUAGCUCAUUAAGAGUGGUUUAUUUCCUCUGGAAGUGGAUCCUUAGGGCUUGUCUUCACUACCAUGCUAGAUCGAUGCAGCUGUGCUAUGAACACCUGCUAUAUUGAUGGGAGAGCACUCCCCUGUCAAUGAGAGGCAGAAGGUAUGUUGAGAGAGCAUUUCUCCCUGACACAGUGCACUAUAGACACCACUUUUAAGUUUGAUGUAACUUAUGUAAUGUGGGAUUUUGUUUACAUGCAUGUGCCACAAGUUACAAUGACUUAAGUGGUAGUGUAGACUGCAUCAAAGGAUAAAGAAAACGCAGGAAAAAUAUUAGUGCAACACAGUAGGUGGAGCAGAUUCUUUCCUGAUCCUUGUGGUGUUCUGGUCACACUCUCCCAUAUGAGAUUUGAUUACUUUUCUCUUAAUGUGUCUAACAUAAAAUGUGUAUAUGUCUCAACAUGAUUGAGAUAACACUGUUUCCUUUAGCGAUAUCAUUCAAGCUAAAUAUUGUUCAUAUUUUCCUUUUAAUGUGACUGUUUGAGAAGUGGAUUUUAUUUUCUGUCUCUUAGGAUGAUUUUUUUUUUUUUUAAUGAAUGGGACAUCUGUCUGUUCAGUUCAAGGAUAUGGGCCUCUAUGCAUUGAAAUAGCUAUUUUUAAGAAUCUGUCUAGAAUUUGGGCACUUAUGGCUUGAAGCUUGUAUAGAGUAAUUACUAUUUCUGUUGCAGUGUGUCAGGAGUAGGAAUGUUAGCAUGUACUCAUUAAUGCAGUUAACCGAUAAGUCCAGACUUAUCAGUUAAUCUUAACGGGGACACCCACCCACCCCUUGCUGCCUCUGUAUCAGAGGCAGUUAGAGGUGAAGGGGUGGCAGGAGCUGUCUGCCCCCCGUGCUGCUGCCGCUGCCUCUCUCUCUCUCUCUCUGAGCCAGGGGAGGGGACCAAUGCUUGGGGGGAGUUGGGAUUUUUUAAGCCAGUUCCGCACAAACACUGGCUCCUGCCUUCCCCCCUGCGUGUAAAUGUCUAAAUGCUAAACAUUUCAGUGGGUACAUAUUUACACAAAUACAAGAUUUCUAACAUACCUAAUCAUACACUCACAGCUGCUUUUAUUUUGCCAUUUUAUCCACCCUUUAGCAUUGACAGUUACAAGAUGCCCAUUGUAAAGAAUAAGCACUCAAGCAGGGCUACUCAACUUUGGAAGCCCCGGGAGCCACGAUGAUACUUGCAGCACAUGCCAAUGGCCGCAACUUAAGUGUGGUUGCAAAUAUAUGCAAAUAGCUUCUUUCACACUGGUGGCAUGAAUAAAAAGAUUAAGGCAAGACUACACAACACACAGGCCCCAAUUAAGUCAGUUCUUCUGAUAUUAAUAAAAUGUAGUAUUUACCUGAUUUCUACCCACAUGACAGCACUUUUAAUGAGCAAUGGCAGUCCAGGAAUUUAACUACUAAAAUGCAUAUAAACAAAAGACCAUUAUAUUGACUAUUUGUUUUGGUUCCCACCUGCGGGCUGUGUGUUGAGCUCUGCGUAAACCUAAACCGCGCCAUGGGCCGGGGCCACAUGUUGAGUAGCCCUGCACUAGAGCAAGAAAAACUCCAGACCUCAAAGUUUUAUCUGAUACAAAUUUUACUUGUGUCCUCAAGCUAGCUGGAUGGACUGUCUUCCUCACUCCCUCUCAAUCAAUGAUAUGUUAAAUCAGCUUAGCAAAAUGGAUAAUCUUUUUCAGCAAUCAAGUUAAAUAUUCUUUUUGUGAUCCUUUAAAAAAUGUUAUUUCUUCCUCUGUCAUCUUAGAUUGUGGUCCCUUUGGGGUAAAACACAUCAUCAUUGAUAUUGCAAACAGCAGAGAGCACUUUGCUAGUACUUAAAUAGUAUAAUUGUGGAGAGCAAAGGGGGGAGACAAACCAGUUUUUUUUCAUGGACUGGUAACUUGGCAUUGUUACAGGGACAUGUUAAAAGUAUAUCUUUCAGUGGUGUAUUGAACAUAAAAGAUUUUAUUUGAAUUAUAGUGUUCAGUCUGCAUUUUGCUAAAUAUCUUUUCAAUGUUCUCCAUAGGUCUGGUGUGUGCCAACUAAAAGUUUUAAAAGUCUUCAAAUGCUAUUUUUAUGAAGUAUUUCCCCAAAAGUUUAGAUAAGGGAGUAAUUAUUUGACAGAUAUUUUAUGAAUUUUAAUAUGUAUGUAUAAUGUGUAUAUUUAUACAUGGAAGAAAAUAAAAAGGACA